UCAGUCAGCAAACUGUCCGGAGGGGCCCAGAGGGGCCGGGUACCCCAAGGACCCCGGAGACCGGCCUCAGACCAAGCAAUGACCCCGGCACCGGCGGAGAGCUCGUAACCAAGACGGCGCCACCCACUCCCCCUUCCUCCACAGGCCCCAGGGUGCUGGGCACCCUGCUGUAAGAAGCAAGAGUACCGAGAGGCUGGACGGGGUGCUCCCUCUCGGGCAGAGGCCAGAGCUGUCUAUACGUUUAUACAUGGGGGUGGGGGGACGGGGAGAGCCUGAGGCGAUUAAACGCCUGAGACUCAGUCCGAGUUGCGCCUCUGUACCUGGGAGGGUGUGUGUGUGUGCAUGAGCAUGCGUGUGUGGGUCCCGCAGGGGGUCCGGCAGCCCGGGAGGGUGGGGCCUCAACAGGACCCCGCCCUGCAAGUCCACCCCACGGUUCUCAUUGGCCGGAGCUCCUGAGCUCCCGGCCAAUCCGGCCCGAGGGUCGUAGUGGGAGGCCCUGCCCCCACUCGGAUGCCAGGGGCCACCGCCGCCACCACAGGCCCAGCUGACCCGUGACUGGUGGACGACAUUCUGGACCCUCAUCUGUGGAUGUUAGAUGUGGCAGCCCAGAUGCCCCACACGGAGAAAUGGACGCCACCCUUUGACCCGCGCUUCCCUAACCAGAACCAGACCCGUAACUGCUACCAGAACUUCCUGGACUACCACCGCUGCAUAAAGAACAUGAGCCGUCGGGGGAAGGACUUGCGGCCUUGCGAGUACUACUUGCGUGUGUACCGCUCGCUGUGCCCCAGCAGCUGGGUGCAGCGCUGGACUGAGCAGAUCAAGGAGGGGACCUUCCCAGGCAAAAUCUGAGCGGGCAGCAUCGACCUCAGUGAGCCCAGUCUUGUCCCAGAGCCCCGGCUGACCUUGGUUUUGCAGUCUCUAAUCCGGAAAUAAAGUAGUGUUGCUGCUAGUG